AAUCAACGGAGCUUUUACAAAUUUUGGAAAUCUACUCACUGCUCAAAAUCUGAAAUUUAUAUUUUUGUUGGAAGUAAUUGAAAGAAGUCAAACAUGGUAUCCUGUGAAGCUAUUCAAGCUAUGAAGACAAUGGCAAUGGAUGUCAAGAAAAGAGCAAUCCUUGUCAAGGACAGUACAUGUAUCGGUGGGCUAGUGCUUGUUUUGUCAAAUCCUGAUGAGAAUGUUGUCAAGCUUGCUUUAGAGACGAUACAUCUGUUAGCCGAAACUGCGGAUCAUAGACCAUUGUUGAGAGGAUUUAUUGGUAUGAUGGAGCAGCUAGAGUCACUCAUUGACAGGAAAGAUUGUGGUGAGGUUGAAUGUAUGGCUAAAGAAGUUUACAUGCAGCUGAAACAAGAUAGUCAGGUUACCCCACUCAAAGACAACUUUAAUACUUCAGCAAAUAAGUCCAGAAGAAGCAGUAUGCAGAAGAUGUUACACGGAGGUUAUAAGAACUCCAAAAUAAUUGUACUGCAGCUCAAAGGACUCCUAAAUAAGUGUGACAGAGAUGUCUGCAUGCGACUGCUGCUGCAAGUGAAAGGCGUUAUAAGCAUCACUUUUGACAUGAAUAAAAAACGCUGCAUCGUGAGAGCAAAACUUGAUGUCCGUCCAGAGAGUCUGGUACAAGCUAUUGCCAAGACACAGUCAAUUCAUGCACAACAGGUUGUGAAAAAUGAUUCUGGGGAAGAGAUGUUCCUGUCCUUUGGUACACGCAAUGAUAAAUUGAACAAAGAGAAUGAAUCUGAUCUGCCAGACUACCUUCCCGAUGAUGAAGAAUUACAGCCUAUUGAUGACAAAGCCAUCUCCCGCAACAAGCCUGAUUCUACAUCAGGAGGCUGGCUUAGCUCUGCAGCUAGUUUUCUUGCUAAUUCAUUUUACUGGUGAAAGAUGCAAGAAUAUGAAACUUUAUAUGUACGGAACAGAACUGUGAUUUAGUCAUGUGAUAAAAGGAAUUACGCACCAUGUGUUUUUUUCUUUAAUAAUAAAGUGAACUGUGAUGGUUCAGGAAAAGAUUUUUUAAAAGUGAUUGAAGAUACAAAGUACUGUUGAUACAAACAAGUUAUACUACUAUAUUUGUGAUUUUCUACAGUAAGUGAAAACAAGUCAGUGGUGUAGUUUUGCAGGAGGUGAAAAUACAGACUGUAUAUAGAAUAUCAAUUAAGCCGAAAUGGUUUGUUGAACUGUUGAAUAUUUUUUUAAGCAAAAAGAAAAAAGAAACUCACAGAAAUAUCUUAUUGAUACAUAUUUCAUAGGAGUAUGCUUUCUUGAUAUGUUUAUCUUCUAGUGCUAUUUCAUUCUAAGCUCCUACUCUUUGAUGUUUCAGUAAGUUAUGUUGUAAAUACAUUACCACAGUGUGUUCAUGUUUUGUGUAUUUCUGUCUUAGUCUGUGUAAUUUAUGCCAGUCUGAUAAACUCAAAUAAAGUGUAUUUAUAGAAA